UAUCAAUCAGCUGUUCACCGGUGUUUAUUUUCUUUUUGGCAAAUUGCACGUAACUUUCAAAACAUUAAAAUUAGCUGGUGAAAUGAUAAUCCUUAAUAGAUGUUCGCCUUUGAGGCAGAUUCUGAGACGCUGCUAUAGUCAGGCGGCUGAAAUCACUAGUAAUAAGAUCAAUUUAACCGCAUUUUUUGGCAAAUGGCCCGAAACAGAGCAACAGGAAUUCCGAGAGCACAUGAGGAUUAUCACAGACUUCAUCAGCGAAUCGGAGGAACAGCAGCUCCACGAGGAAAUCGAACCCUACAUGAGUCGCCUGCGAUACGAGUUCGACCACUGGGAUGAUGCCAUUCACGGUUUUCGGGAGACUGAACGUAAGAAGUGGUUCCCCAAGAAUCGCGAGAUUCUGGAGCGCGUGCGCAAAGUAGCCUUCGAUGGAGCUGUUAUGCCCUAUGUUCAUAUCCUGGAUCUGGCUCCCGAUGGUGUUAUCAAGCCCCAUGUAGACAGCACUCGAUACUGCGGCACCACAAUCUCUGGGAUCAGCUUGCUCAGCGACAGUGUGAUGCGUCUGGUGCGCACGGAUGCCCAGCGGUACAAUCAGCCAUCCUCGGGCACUGCAAAGGAACUGGAGUCCAAGGGGUCAGAGCCCGAUGCAGCUUAUCGCCAUCAGCCGGCGGCGUCACUGGAGAACAACUUCUACGCUGAUCUCCUGCUGCCACGGCGCUCCUUGUACAUAAUGAGCCACACGGCUCGCUACAAUUUUACGCACGAGAUACUGGCCAAGGAGCACUCGGAGUUCCAGGGCACGCCGGUGCCAAAGACACGUCGCAUUUCCAUCAUUUGUCGCAACGACCCCUAGAAGGGUCAUCUGUUACUCGCUGCGAAUGCUUUUCGGUGCGCUUGAAGUCUGAAAGUCAAAAUAUUUGCCCAACAUAGUUGCUUAUCCAAAAGUUUAUUUAUGUAGUCUGUAGUGUUCAUAAAAUGUAUAUAAAUACCUGUAGAGGUAGUAAAAAGUUAAAAUUUCUUUUCAAAAAGUAAUUUAAAGUAA